AUGGAGGAGGGUAAUUUAUUUAAGCAGUGGAAGAAACAGUGUUUAAAUAAGCUGGAUUUGAGUAAAAAGGGCAGUAUAGACAGAGAUAUCUCUCAUGUGGUUUCGCUUCUAAAUAAUUCGGAUUAUUAUUUUACUACAAGCUCCUGCUCUGGAAGAAUAAUUCUGAUUGAUGGGGUGUCAGACUGCACGGACGUACAGAAGCAGAACUGCUCCUGGUUAUUCGUCACUCAUGAGAAGUGUCAGAAAGAGGAUGUGAUAACAGCUUUGGAGAAAUCUUCAGGAGAUGCCGUGUUUAAGUUUGAGCCGUGUGUUCUUCACGUUCAGUGCAGACAGCUGGAGAACGCUCAACUCCUGCACUCUGUGGCUAUAAACUCGGGUUUUAGGAACUCUGGAGUGACGGUGGGCAAAAAAGGCAAAACUAUUAUGGCGGUGCGCAGCACUCACUGUCUGGAGGUUCCUCUCAGCCGCAGGGGUCGAGUUCUGGUUUCUGAAGAAUACAUAGAGUUUAUUGUUGAAACUGCAAAUAACAAGAUGGAAGAAAAUCUCAAACGAAUAGAAAGGUUCUACGAUUGUUUGAGAGCUGCACUGGAUCCAGAGCAGGUUAAUAAAAGCUGUUUAACAGAAGAACAGACGCAGAAGAAGCCGGUUUACAGACGCAGGAGGAAAAGAGCAGAGCGGGAUCGUCCUGAUUCAGACUGUGGGCUCCAGAAUCAGAGUGAAAAUGAGCAGCAGGAUGAUCUGGACUCUGAACUGACAUUAUUUAAUUAAUAUUAAUCACUCCUGUGCUUCUAUUGAAGGAUUUACAGUAUACAUGAUCUGUUUUAAAUCAGUUUUGGACUUGGUAUACCAGAAUUUAAGGCUGAACUGGUGAGUUUGGGGACUCAAAACAAACACAUUUCAUGUAUCUCUAACUAGGAAAUAAUUUCGCAUCAAACCUACUGUUAAUGCUUUUUUUAUGAUUAAUUUAUGCAGAAAUAAAUAAUAUUUUUUAAA